CUCCCCUGUAUUCUCUCUCUAAAAAAAACAUUAAUUUGUAAGUAGCUUCUGCAGAUUGAGAAUGGAGAAUUUCAGAUCCAAGUCAUGUAAGGAUGGGGGAGGGGGUGGUGGUGGUGGUAUGAUGCAGAUGGAAAGCCACUAUGGCGGUGGAGGCGGAAGCAGAGGCAUGCAUGACUUGAUGAGAAGCUACAGCACGUCUCAUGCAUCAUCAUCAUCAUCAUCUGUUCCACCGUCAAAAUUGGGGAAAGAAUUGAAGAUCAAGAAAAUCAAGAACCCUAAUUAUGAGAAGAACAGUAAUAGUAGUACUAGUACUGUUGCAGGAUCCAAGAACUGGGGAUUGAAUGACCCAGAAUUACAGAGGAUGAAAAGGGUUGCUAGCUAUAAGGUGUAUGCAUUGGAAGGAAAGAUGAAAGGAUCAUUCAGGAAGAGUUUCAGAUGGAUCAAACACACCUGCAAUCAUGUUGUUUAUGGAUGGUGGUGAUCAUCAAUUAUCAUCAUCAUCAUCAUUGCUGUUCGAGUCUUGUCUUUGCUCUUUAAUCUUGCUCUUGCAUGUGUAGAUGAUGAUGGAUGGUAUAAGAUCCUAUUUAGGAUCUCUCACUUUUACUUGUUUGUAUUUGGAUAAUUUUACUUGUACCUUUUCAAGCUAUAAUUUUCUGGAUCAUCAAAGUGGAGAAUCAAGUUUCGUUUACCUGUC